UCCAAUCACAUUUAUCUUGCAGGCGGCAGCGGAGAUGGCAACCUCCCUGGAAACGCGCGGGGGAGCCUGAGUCGGCAGCUGGAGACGCACUGCUCUGCGUGCUCCAUCGCCCCGCCGCCUCGCAGACCCUCCAUCUUCCUGCUCAGUUCCGGGCCAGGCUCGCCCCUGACCCCGGGGUGGGGUGGGGGGGCGGCUCCCGCUUCUCCCGGGGCUCCAGGUGGUUCCCCACCCCCUGCCCUCCGCGACUCAACUGCCUGGGUCCCCCCUCCCCCGCCACACACACUCACACGCGCCCGCGAGCACACACGCACGCACACACACACACUCACACGCCAGCAGGCUGCUGGCCGCUCAAUGGACCGAUUUCCCCGGUUUCCCUGAACCCAGCCUAGCCCGGGAUGAGAAACUGCAAAAUGGCCCGAGUCGCCAGUGUGCUAGGGCUAGUCAUGCUCAGCGUGGCCCUGCUGAUUUUAUCGCUUAUCAGCUACGUGUCCCUGAAAAAGGAGAACAUCUUCACCACUCCCAAGUACGCCAGCCCGGGGGCGCCCCGAAUGUACAUGUUCCACGCGGGAUUCCGGUCACAGUUUGCGCUGAAGUUUCUAGACCCGUCAUUUGUGCCCAUUACGAAUUCUCUCAGCCAUGAACUCCAAGAGAAACCUUCUAAGUGGACAUUUAAUCGGACAGCGUUUUUACAUCAAAGGCAAGAAAUUCUUCAGCAUGUCGAUGUAAUAAAAAAUUUUUCUUUGACCAAGAAUAGUGUUCGGAUUGGCCAACUGAUGCAUUAUGACUAUUCCAGCCAUAAAUAUGUUUUCUCUAUUAGCAAUAACUUCCGCUCACUGCUGCCAGACGUGUCGCCCAUUAUGAAUAAGCGUUAUAAUAUUUGUGCUGUGGUGGGCAACAGUGGAAUCUUGACAGGCAGUCAGUGUGGACAAGAAAUAGAUAAAUCAGAUUUUGUUUUUCGAUGCAAUUUUGCCCCUACGGAGGCUUUCCAAAAAGACGUUGGGAGGAAAACCAACCUCACAACCUUCAACCCCAGCAUCCUGGAAAAAUAUUACAACAAUCUUUUAACCAUUCAGGAUCGUAACAACUUCUUCCUCAGUUUAAAAAAGCUGGAUGGGGCCAUUCUUUGGAUCCCUGCAUUUUUCUUCCACACUUCGGCAACUGUAACCAGAACAUUAGUUGACUUUUUCGUUGAACACAGAGGUCAGCUAAAGGUCCAGUUGGCUUGGCCUGGAAACAUAAUGCAACAUGUCAACAGGUACUGGAAAAACAAACACUUGUCACCCAAACGACUGAGCACAGGUAUUCUCAUGUACACUCUCGCAUCGGCAGUCUGUGAAGAGAUCCACUUGUAUGGAUUCUGGCCCUUUGGAUUUGACCCCAACACAAGGGAGGAUCUUCCAUACCAUUACUAUGACAAAAAAGGAACCAAAUUUACCACCAAGUGGCAAGAGUCGCACCAGUUGCCUGCUGAGUUUCAGCUGCUGUACCGAAUGCAUGGCGAAGGGCUCACCAAGCUCACUCUGUCACACUGUGCCUAAGAACUCCAAACGGAAAGUGCCAAAUGGCUGUUUUAAAAGUGCCCCCCCUAAAAAAAAAAACCAAAUUGAAUAGUCUCCAGAAUAGAGCCCCAAAGACAAUCUGGUUAAGCUUGUCUGCCUCUCACACGGAAGGACGUCUCCUCUCCCUCGUCAGCUCUUUGAUCGGUCUUAGAAGACUUAGGACAGGUGCGGUGAAGCCACAGGCGUUAGACUUGAUUGGUAAAGGUGAGGUUGUAUUGGGAAGUAUGCUGCACAGCGAAUGACUUGAAGUAGUCCCACAUUUGUAUUUUAAUAAUAAACUGACUCCCAUGUGGAUGAGCUGCCCUCGUCCCAUCCGUGGCUGCCGUCUCCUCAGCCCUGCUCCGAUAUAGUCCUCGUAAUCAGAGAAUUCUGGCCAGUUUCAGCGGGAUCGCCUUUGCCAGGGGGAUCAGAGACUUCAAAAA